AUGGACUUGGCCUGGCUGGAUGACGUACUGCCUACGCCGACCAGCUACGACUGCCCUAUCAUGGGCGACAUGCUCGGCUAUUGCGACGGCAUUGAGCUCUUCGACAGUGGCGAUACCUUUCUGUCCGAGUUGUCGAUGAAUAUGGACACGCCAGUCAACCCCUCACUGCCGCCAGCCCAUGCCAUUGCCAUCCCCCUGAACCCCCCUCCAUUCCACAUCGCGUUCGAUGCCCCCAUUCCGGCACUCUAUUCGAUUCAGUCCGCCAUAGAAAUCGACCUCACCGACGAAGAAAUGCGUUUCUUUCGAGACCUGCACAUGCCCCCACCCGUUCCCCCAUCGGCAUUUCAAUCUAGAAGUGCGUUGAAAAAGGUGUGUUCGGUCGACAAGUGCAGAAGACUCGCGCGGACCAAAGGCGUUUGCUCCAGGCACGGAGCACAGAAGAACGCCUGUCGAACAGCACCAUCUUCGGGGGGACUCUGUAUGAAUAGCCACACAGCCAUGGUCGGCCCAGUGCAACCGUAUGCAACACACCAGGGGGACCGGUGCAGCGCUGUGGGGUGUACAAAAGGUGUUGUUUCCAAUGGAUCUUGUCGCAAGCAUGGCGGCCUCUGUCGAGCGUGA